AAUUACAAAUAAAAAUUGAACGAUGAUACAUUUAUCCUUCCAUUGUACACCUUUUGUUACACAUGCUCACUUCGUUAUUUAUUUCGUUAAUUCUGUUACUUAGUCUGUUAACUUUCAAAGUCACUAGCGCAGCCCUUUCUUCUUCUCUCUUUCUUUCUCUCUUCUUUCCUUUCUCCCUCUUGCUGUUCCAAUUGACGUUUUCUCUCUUUUUAGACAUGGAGUUGGGUUUGAAAUGUUGGAAUUUUUGGGAGUUUUUAGGGAGAGAGAAACCAAAUGGAACUUGAAAUGUUGGAAUUUCCGUUGCCUACGAAGUUCGAGAAAUUGAACAACUUGAAAUUUUGUGUCUUGUUUGGAGUGAUAGCCCUUUUUCAAGUCUGCAGACCCACACCUCCGACUUCCCUUUUUUAUUAUAUCUUCUUUUACUUCUUGUUGCAGCGAGAUCAACUUUGGCAUCGCAAUGAGAUCAAGCCAGCGGCAACAAAAUCCAGCCAGCAAUUAUGAGCGGUAGCAAGAAACAUCCAGCGACCAUAAUCGAGGCAAGAAGCAACCAGUUCGCGUGAGAUCCACGUCGCCAAAGGCUCAAGACAGAGCCACAACCACAAAGCCGGCACCCACAGAUCUGGUUUCCAUCUUCGAAAACAAGAACCUUCAAGAAGAAAUUAAACAGAUUUUGAAGCA